AUGAAUUCGUACGACGAGGACUUGAACGAAAAUCGAUUUCUAAUAUCUCUGCGUUGCAAUCAUUACCCUAUUUUGAAGCAAGCAAUAACUGAAGGAUGGGUGAUUUGCGUCCCUUGCCAAAGAUCACUGAAAGCGGAUGAAUUUACCGAAGAUGAGAUAUUUAGCAACGUACUUGCCCCUUCGAAUGACAUUAGCAAACGUGAAUACCGAACGCUUGCUGGACAAAUGGUUUUAAAGGACGGCUUUAAUCUCCAUCUCACCACCUCUGGAAGCGUUAGCAAAAUACUGGCGGGAAUUCUUUUCCACGAAGAGUUUCAUUGCGAUGGUGGAUCGAAGUACAAUGUGUGGUGCAUUUCGCGAUCGUUGGGAAGCAUCGACUCCGACGACGUUACAUUGGAAAGUGAGGACGAUAACGCGAAUCUGUCUUCCGUUCAAGAUUGUUUUGCCUAUCUGAAGAGACGAGUGGCCGAAAAGGGUUUAGGGAAAAUCGAUGUUGCUAUCACAAAAGUGACGAAGAUACUGUGUGAAGCGCCUUCUGUGAUGGCGAUCAGCUUCAAAGUGGAGUCCGUUUACCAAGAAGCUCUAAGCUGCUUGGAGAACCCCGACAACUGCGACUUCAUCAUGUCAUCUGCCAUCGAAUCCUAUGUACUUCACGAAAUUUACAAACCCGUCAUGGAAGCUAUACGCCGUGCAACAGCCAAAGAUGAUGCGGAAUUGAAUAAACGUCGCAGAGAGAUAAUUCGACAUUUGAAUUAUCCGGAAGACUUCCAUGUUCGCGAUGAGCUGAUACCAGUGUUGUCAAGGGUUAGACGGGAACUCGAGAAGCUUCCAAUGUAUCGAUCGACUUUGGAGAAAUUAGAGUGCCUUAGUCGAACGAUGAGAAUUGCCACGGACCACGCGGCCACGUUCGGAAUCAUGACGACAACUGACGAUUUCCUGCCCAUUCUGAUUUGUGGGAUCAUAUCUGAUCAAAGAAACGCUUCGUGGUACGCCGAACUGUGCUUUUUGAAGAAUUUCCGACUCUCAGUCAAUGACCGGGACGAAAGGGCUUAUUACAUUGCUUCCUUGGAGGCGGCAUUGGAACAUUUAAAGACUGCCAAAUUCUCUCUGAUAUGGUUCCGGCCUUCGUUCCAUGAGUCCUUCCACGAACCUUAUCUUGUGUACGCCGAACAGCUUUGGUCCGCUGUGGAAUCCAACGACUGCAGUAAAAUUGACCUGAUCGCUGCCGAAGUUCGUAGAAGUGGAGCCAGGCUCGGGAACCGACUUUGCCAUCCCCUGUGUUCCUGCUUGGAAUGCGCUGACAUCAAACGCAUGGAAGCAGAUUCUGCUGGAGGAUUAAUCAAUUGCGGGGAUGACCGAGGAAUAACGCCUUUACAUGUUGCUGCAGCUUCGGGACAUCCACGGGUCAUAGAGCAUUUAUUGUCGCGUGGAGCAAGAGUUAAUAUCUCGGAUUGUGUGGAAUAUCGCACCCCACUUCACAUCGCUGCUUAUGGUGGUCACACGGAUGCCGUGCUUCUGUUAUUGUAUGCUGGAGCUGAUGUGAAUUCGCGUGACGUGUCUGGUCGUGUAUGUCUGCAUUUGGCUGCCUUGGCAGGGCACAAAAAUUGCGUUAAUGCAUUGCUGUAUUUCGCGGCGCAUUCGGGAUUGGAUGUGGACUCGUGCGACAGCAACGGAGACUCCGCAUUGCACAUGGCUGCUCUCUGGGGAUUUAACGAUGUAGCAGCUGCCCUCUUAGAUCACAAAGCUAAUCCUACGAAAAGGAAUUUCCGCGGGGAAACUCCAAUUGACCUGGCUGCCAAUCCCGUUGUUGGGGACCUUCUGAAAUCUAAACGGGACGGGGAUCAAAACGGAAAGAGCUCUUUUGUCUUCUCGCCGAAGCGUAGUAAAUGGUCUUCCAUUUUUGUGAGGAAGAAAGACAAAGAUGGGCUGGAUGCUGGUUCAGACCCAAGGCUUGAAAAGUGUUUCCGAGCUAUCACGUUGGGUGAUGUUCGUUUGGCGUGUUUCUAUAUGGGAAUCGAUCCUUUUGAAAGCGGAGGAUCCCACAAGCAGAAGUGUCAUCCGUUGUGCGAGUGUAAGACGUGUUCUGCGAAUGAAGACUCGGAAUUCCUCUCGAUUGAUUGCCACAAUGAAGACGGUUACACGCCCUUGCAUCUGGCUGCCCUGCAUAAUCGCAUCGAAAUAGUCAAGGCAUUGCUUGUCAAUGACGCGGAUCCGAAUAAAACCACGGCGAGAGGAAUGACUCCGUUGCAUUUAGCUUGCCAAUGUAACUUGGUGGAUGUUGCGAAGAUGCUGCUUGCCUUUCAAGCGGAUCUGUCAGUCAGGGAUCAAGCUGGGAAUUCUGCAUUGCACUACGCGUGUAUUUUGGGAAACGUUGAACUAACCAGGAUACUGUUGGCGUUUGGCGCUGCGGAUUCAGGCGUUAAUACUAACAAACGAACCCCUUCCAUGGAGGCGAAAGAGCGCAAAUUCUUUGAUAUUCUUAGACUUUUCGCCAGCUCCUGA